AUGCACAACAAGGGUGGCCCGAAGUCUAGCAAGAGAAGAUUGCUAGGAUUAGUGGCACAAUCUAUGCUGUACGCUGCUCCUAUAUGGGAACAAGCAAUGACAAUUCUAAGCUAUAAGAAAGAGCUAGAAACGGUCCAACGGAGAGGAGCAAUUAGGAUAUGCAGCGCGUAUAGGACAAUUUCCCGAGACGCAGUGCAGGUGAUAGCUGGUGUGCCACCAAUAGAGCUCCUUGUUCUGCAGAGAGAGCCUUGGUUAAGCAGAAAGCACGGUGUAACAACAUUUCACCUGAGCCAGGCGCUAUCCGGCCGUGGAUGCUUUGGCAAGUACCUGCACUUCAUCGAGAAAAAGGAGGAUGAAAGGUGCUGGUACUAUGAGAAGAACGAUAGCCCUGAGCACACACUAUUUAGGUGCUGCAGAUGGGUUGGAAGGAAGCACAAGGCGGAGGCAGCAUUGGGAGUUUUGCUAUAG